UUGCGUCUUCCAAUUUCAAGGUUCUGGGUUGGAGAAAAUAUAUAAAGUCACAGCAGGGACGACAUGGUCUAACACGUAAAACGACACAUUUCAGGAAUAAAUUUCAAAUCUUUCUCCCUCUUCUCAUCUAUCUCACGUAAAACGACACAUUUCAGCAAUCGAUUUUCACCAUUAUUCCACCAGUUCUGCAUUCUUUCUCUUUUAGAAAUCUCAAUUUGUAUCUUCGACAUUUCAACAGAUCAACGCAUUCUGAUUUUUGGAAACAUGGAAAGUGAAGAUUUCUCGUCAUUACAACAGGGUAAAAACACAGUUGUCCAAUUUUCUGCUCCUGCUAUUGGCAUUGGUGGACAAGGUGAUUCUGCAAAUCCCUCACCAGCAACAUCAUCUGCCUCUGGUAUUUUCUCUUGGAAAAAAAGCCUAAGAAUUCCACAGGCUUCAGGGGAAGUUGGGGGACAGUCUCAAACUGGAAGUGGUGUGACAUCUAGCUUUGCACGUUUGACGAGUGGGCUUGGUUUGAGUUUAUCAGCAUCAACUUCUAUGGCUGAUGGAAACACUUCAGCAGAUACAGCAACAGGUCAAGCUGGAGUUUUUAAUUCACUAACAAAAGGGUUAGUGGGCUCAUCUCGCAAUGCAGUAAAGGCUAUGCAGGUUAAAGCACGUCAUUUGGUCUCACAAAAUAAGCGAAGGUACCAGGAAGGAGGAUUUGAUUUGGAUUUGUCGUACAUCACGGAUAAUGUUAUUGCUAUGGGAUUCCCGGCUGGUGACAUGAGUUCCGGAAUUUUCGGAUAUGUUGAGGGCUUUUACAGAAAUCAUAUGGAAGAGGUGAUUAGGUUUUUCGAGACUCGCCACCAGGGAAAAUACAAAGUAUAUAAUCUUUGUUCAGAGAGGUUGUAUGAUGCAUCACUCUUCCAGGGAAAGGCUGCAUCGUUCCCCUUCGACGAUCAUAAUUGUCCGCCUAUUCACCUUAUCUCAUCAUUUUGUGAAAGUGCCUGCACAUGGUUGAAGGCAGAUGUUGAAAAUGUUGUUGUAGUUCACUGUAAAGCUGGAUUAGGGAGAACAGGGCUUAUGAUAUCCAGUCUUCUUUUGUACAUGAAGUUUUGCCAUACAGCUGAAGAAUCCAUUGACUUGUUCAAUCAGAGAAGAUGUGUGGAUGGAAAGGGACUUGUUCUUCCAAGUCAGAUUAGAUAUGUUAAAUAUUUUGAGCAAAUUUUGAAAGAUUACAAUGGUGAUAUCCCUCCUGGACGCAGGUGUAUGCUUAGGGGAUUUCGACUUCACAAGUGCCCUUAUUGGAUUAGGCCCUCGAUUACAAUUUCUGAUCACAAUGGGAUUAUCUUCACCACAAAAAAGCAUCCAAAGACCAAAGAUCUGCUGCCAGAAGAUUUUUGGUUGAACUCUACAAGGAAGGGGAUAGUGGUGUUUGCUUUACCACGAGAGCCCGGUCUGACAGAGUUGGUAGGUGACUAUAGAAUUCACUUUCAAGAUCGGAAUGGAGAUUUCUACUGUUGGUUUAACACAACAUUGACGGAAAACAAGAUAAUCAUAAAUAGUGAUGAUCUUGAUGGGUUUGACAAGAGAAAGCUUCCUUCACCUACAUUCCAGGUAGAGAUAGUGAUGGUAGACUAUGAUGGUACUCUUCCAAAAACACCGAACCCUGAGCAGGUGAAGCCUAAGCCUGAUUCGAGCUCAGAAUACACAACAUCCGGCAAUGGCAUUGGCAUUACCAUAAAUCCUAAAGAAUCAUCUGAAAAGGAAGAAAACGACGAUGUGUUUUCUGACAGUGAUGGGGAAGAUGGAUCAUCUAGAAGUAAACAUUCCCAAGCAUCUGUAGCUGGAUCUGCAAGCAAUAAUCAAGUUUCGAGUAUGACUCAAAGGACUCAGCAGACGUCUAUAGCAGAGUCAGCUCCGAAGAUUGAAGAAAUCUCAAAUGUUGAAACUCCAAAGCUAAGUCAAUCUACUCCUACCGAUUUUAAGGCAAUUGCUGCUGAUGCUUCUGUUUUUAGUUUUGGGGAUGAAGACUUUGAAAGUGAUUAAAACAGGAAGAAGUGGAAAAGCAGCAGUUGAUUCCCAAACUUUCACUGCUAAUGCUAUCACAUUUAGGAGUGUCGAAAACAGUCACCUGACAAAACCCCGUCAUUUUUCAAAGAAAUUAGUUGUAGUUACCCCAGUUGUGACUCAUUUUCUUAAGAUGAUCCCGAGUUUAACGGACGUUGUCAAAAUAUAGUGCCAAAGAUCUAAAAAUUUAGGGUCGUUAUGAAUUAUGAAUAUGUUGUUUUUAUGUACACUGAUAGGAGCAAAUUGCUUUAGCUCCUGCCUUGGUCAGACAACUAAAAGCUACACCAGGCACUCUGUAGAUUUUGCCCAUUAUACACUGAUAGGAGCAAAUUAGCUGUAACUAUUUUGUGAUAUUGAUAAGUUGAUCAACUGAACUAAUUUAACAGCUAAUUAUUUAAUUUUUGAUUGAAAACCAAAUUCUCUA